AUAUACACAAUUGUCAGUGUAAAAAUACACAGAGUAAAUUUAUGAAAUAUUUAUUUUGUUUUUUUAUUUGAUAAUAUAUUUCAAUACUGUACGUAAUAAUUUAAUACAAAUAACGAAAAAAAACAAGCUGAAAUUGAAUAUUUAGCGAUAAAGAUUCAACAAGCUUGGUAAAUCAAAAAAUAUAAAAAUAAAUAAAACAAUAAUAAAUUUUUUGAUUUUGUCAAUAUUAUUAUUGAACGUCAAAAAAAAAAAAAAAAAAUAGUUCCAAGAAUUUGUUAAUAUAUAUUAUUAUCUGGGCAAACGAUUGACGUGUUCUGAUAGUUUUGUUAUAAUACGUUUAAUACGAUAAUAAAAAUUUUUAUUUUGGAGUAAAAAAAAAAUGUCGUUUGAAGGAAAAUAUAAUACUAAAAGUCCAGCUGUGAAGAGAUUGAUGCGAGAAGCUCAAGAACUUCAUGAAGCAACUGAAGAAUAUCGUGCAUUUCCUCUGGAGGAUAAUUUAUUUGACUGGCAUUUUACAAUGAGAGGACAACCCUCUAGUGAUUUUGAGGGUGGUAUUUAUCAUGGAAGAAUAAUAUUACCUCCAGAAUAUCCAAUGAAACCACCAAAUAUUAUUUUAUUAACGCCAAAUGGACGUUUUGAAAUAAAUAAAAAAAUAUGUUUGAGCAUAUCUGGACAUCAUCCAGAAACGUGGCAACCUUCUUGGAGUAUCAGAACAGCAUUAGUUGCAUUAAUUGCAUUUAUGCCAACACCUGGAAAUGAAACAAUUGGUGCACUUGAUUACAGUCCUGAAGAACGUCAAAAAUUAGCUAAAAAAUCACAAAGCUGGGUUUGCGAUAAAUGUGGUAAAAUAUCAGAUUUAUUAUCAAAACAUAAUACAGGUGGAAAUAUUUUAGAUCCUACAAAAGCUACGAAAAAUGUUGAUGAACCAAAAAUUGUUACUGAACCAAAGGCUGAAGAAGUACCAUCAACAUCAUCUAGUAAAAUAAAAUCACCACCAGUUAAACAUCCAGUUCAUAUAAGCAUGGAACAAAGCUUGAGACAACGACUUGUUAAUCCAAAUUUAAUUGGUAAUUCUUCACAUCAAAAAACAGAAACAGUUGCUAGUCAAUCAUCAUUAUUUUCAUCAUCAAAUGAUAUGAUUUGGAGUAUUCUUAUUGUCUUACUUGUAUCAGCAAUUGUUCUACUUGUUCUUCGACGAUUACUUUUUGUUUAAAUUAUUUUUGUCAAUGCAUCAACAAAAGAUUAAGAUUAAAUUCAUUUAUUAUUUGAUAAAAAGUAGAUAAAUAAACAUUGUUUUUCUCAACGUAGAUAAUAUUUCAAACGUGUUAUUAAAAAAAAAAUAAAUAAACAAAAUUUUAUUGUUCAAUAUAAAUAAAUAAAAAUUUUAAAAAAUAUCAAUCAACAGUGUUAAAUUGAGUUGCACUUUUGUUAUUUAAAUAUUAUUUCAUUGACAAAAGUAAACAAUUAAUUUAUAUUAUUUUUGUUUUUUUUUCUUGUUUAUAUACUCUAAAUAUUGCAGUUAAAUUUUAAUUAAUUAGAUUAUUUUUUUUCGAUAAAUAAAUAUUAUUUUUUAUAGAAAUAUAUUUAUAAUUAUUAUUUUAAUCUACUUUUAUGUAUGUUCAUUUAAUUUUCAAUAUAAAUAGCUGCAAAAUAAAAACAAUAGUAUUUUAUUUUUUUCGUUUCUAAAUAAAUUUAAUAAACUUA